CCCGAAUCUACGGAGAAAUCCGAAUUGGAAGCUCUCAAGACUCGCCUGCGUCAGAAUGAGCUUGAGAUUCCCCGCUGCUCGUGCGUUGUGCCCCCAGGAACCCCAGAUCCUGGUCCUAUCUAUUCUCAACUUGGUGCUGCCUCUACACUGCCAGAGUUGCGUACCAAGCUAGAACAACAUACAGGACAGAUGGGGAAAGCAAUCAGAAUUGAGAAAGUCACUUACACUGGCAAAGAGGGAAAAACUGAAUCUGGCUGCCCUUUAGCCAAAUGGAUCAUCCGUCGCAGUGGACCAGAAGAAAAAACUCUUGCUCUGGUAAAGCACCGCUCCAAACACACAUGUUCCACAUCCUGGAUUGUGAUUGCUCUUGUUGCCUGGGAAGGAGUUCCAUUAAAUAUUGCUGAUGACAUGUAUUCCACGAUGGUCUAUAAACUAAACAAAUUUGGAACUCCUACUGAAAGGAGAUGCGGUGUUAACGAGGACCGCACUUGUAUCUGUCAAGGCCUAGAUCCAGAUACGUGUGGAGCCUCAUUCAGCUUUGGUUGCUCAUGGUCUAUGUAUUACAACAUGUGCAAAUAUGCUCGCAGUAAGACUGCAAGAAAAUUCAGGCUAACUGAUGAGCAAGAGGAAAGUGAAAUUGAACACAAGCUACAAACUCUGGCCACUGUUUUAUCACCUGUCUAUGAACAAUAUGCCCCUGAAGCAUACAAAAAUCAAACUGCCUUUGAGAAUGACAGCCUUGAGUGUCGCUUGGGCUACAAUGGAGGCCGUCCAUGGGCAGGGGUCACAGCCUGUGCAGACUUCUGUGCCCACUCCCACAAAGACAACCACAACAUGAAUAAUGGCUGCACUGUAGUAGUCACUCUAACAAAACAUCGUGGAUUCACCAAACCAGAUGAUGAGCAGCUCCAUGUGUUGCCACUGUACGUUUAUGAUACAGCUGGUGAGGAUGGAACACCUGAGAGCCUUCAAAGCAAGAUUCAGUCAGGUGCUCUUGAGGUGCUUUCAAAAUAUCCAUGUGAAAUACGACUUAGAACAGAGCCUCUUCUAUCUUGUCGGGCAAGAAACCUACUAGCGAGAGGCCUGCCUCUCCCAAAACGAAUCAAGGGUAAAGGAAAACAAAAAACAAAAGUCACUCUAGGAAGAGGAAGAGUAGUUGAUGGGUUAAAUAAUUCUUCCUCUGGUGCAGACUGUGGCAAUCUACUGGGUGUUGACCUUGACUGUAUUUUAAAUGGCAUUGACUUUAGUGAUCCAGAUGAUGUUCUAAGCAACUAUGGACUCAAUGGUUCUGAUUUUAAUUGGGUACUAGAAGCUAGACCAGAUAAUGACUUUGGACUUUCUUGUGAUUUGGACCAGAUCAUUGCAAGCAAAAAUGAUAGUACAAGCAGUGAUGAUGUAAUAUCUUCCAGUGAACCAAUACAAAAUAAUAAUCCUGAGAGUGAGAAGAGUACAGAGUGUGUGGCAGCUCCAGAAAGCCAAUUAAACCAAAGACUGAAUGUUCCAGCCACUGCCCAGAUGUCAACAACUGAAUCUCUCUGUGGUUCAGGUGAAGUUCCUAUUGCCUCAAUAGGAAGUUCACCUAAAUCAGUAGUUGGUUCCCAGGUAUCUCCUGUAGUACAAGGUAGUUUACACCAGGCAAAUUCUUCAAUGCCACCUCCCCAGUCUCCUGCUCCUAAAAGACCUUAUUCUCCCCAGUCCUUGAGUUCUCCCAUUUCAUCUUGUUCCACAACACCUCUGCCACCUCAGUCUGUCAGUCCAAGUGCAUCUCCCCAGCCAUCUCCAACAGUAUUUUCAGUUCCUCAGUUGUCUAGCCCAUGUGCAUCACCACUCAGCUCACCUUCUGCAAGAUCUGUAACUCCAUCUAAUCCUCAGCCCCCAACAAGUCCUUGUUCUUCACCUCUUCCGUCACCAUAUUGUAAGUCAUUCACACCUCAGAAUCCUCCCCAGUCAAUGACACCCAGCAUCUCUCCAAUUCCCUCAUGUGUCACAGAGUCUGCAACACAUUCAAAUUGCACACAAUCACCUCAGAGUUGUCCAUCAUUAAUGGCAUCCCCUGUAGGGGCUCCUGUGGGAGUACCAACUCCACAUCAGUCACCUCAAGGUCAAGCCUGUCCUGUUAGUACACCACUAACUCCUGUCUCAUCACCAAAGUCUAGUGGCCAAGGGACUGCCAACACUCCACUUUUUCACCCUACGAGUAUCUAUCAGCAGCCUUGUACAAAUAAAACUGAAAAUCAACAACAUAACUUUAGCAAGGUACAGAAUGAACAGUAUCAUUCUUCUCAAACUUCACAAAAUACUCAUUCCACUGCAUGCAGUAUGCAACAUGCGAUGCAAAAUGGUAUUGACCCAGCUCUCCAAAUGCACUAUAUAAGUACAAAUCAAUGUAGUAGGGGACCAAAUAUGCAAGAAACUAUGCCUUUCCAUCAAGAUAGAUUAAACAAUAAUCCUUUUUCCAAUUCAACCAGUGAAGAGAACCCCUUUGGUGGUGAGCAUUAUAACAAACCCAAGGAACCUGAAACCAUAAUAAGAAAUAGUGACAAUAUACACAGUUUCCAUGAUCCAGAAAUUGGAGGUGUAACUAUUGCUCUGACCCAUGGUUCGGUGCUAUUUGAAUGUGCCAAACAUGAAAUGCAUGCCACAACUGCACUCAGAAACCCAAAUAGACGUGAUCCACAAAGAAUUAGCCUUGUGUUUUAUCAACAUAAAAACUUGAUAUACAGAAAUCAUGGAUGGGCAAGAUUUGAGGAAAAAAUGGAAAAGAAACGAAGUGAAGAAGAAAGAUUAAUCAAAGAAGGAAAGCUGAAACCUUCUCCAAGGAAAAAAAAGAAAAUGAUGAAAGAUGGUUUUGUAUUCCCAGAGGAGUGUAAUCCAGUGAUAAAAACAGAACCUGAUAUGCAGAGAAUAAAUGGUGUUGCCCAAGUGAGGGAAGAUUCCCAGAUGAGUCCAGCUCAUAGUGAAGGACAUGGCAUUGGCUUGGGGAAUAGAGUUGGACAUCCAGAGGGUCACCAACUUGACAGUAAGCCAGCUACUAUAUGUCGACCCUCUGGAAUGAGGAUUCCUAAUCAUCCAGAUCUCAAAUCUCCUCCAAUUAGCUAUGCUGUUUAUAAUAAAAAUCUUCCAUCUGUCAUAGAAAGUCCCAGAGCUUAUAGCCCUACUCAAAAACACGGUGUUUCAUCACAAGUUGCAGCUUAUUCUGUGGCCUCACAUCCUGCUCACUUAAUCACCACUGCAGCCCCCACUCUUAGUGUUAAUAUGCAGAAGCCCCAAGUAUCACCUGAUCACAAUUACACUGGGGUACUAAACAUGCAUGAAAAUUUCUACAGGGAGCCCAGAAGACCUCCAUUUAAUGUUUCCAUGCAAGAAUUCAAUCCAUAUAAUUGUGGACAUAACCCAAAUGCAGACACAUACCAAGGUGCUUGUCAACAAAAUCAUGGCCCCUCUAAUCACAAUAACAUGAAUAGUAUCCCAGUUUCCAAUUCUCAAAAUGUUUCAAACCAUCUACAUAAUCCUAUGCCAAGUCCUAUCCAAAAUCCUUUGCACAGUCCCCAUAAUAAUGCAAUGCAAAGCCCCUAUGGCACUCCUAUGCAUAGUCCUCACAUCAAUUCACUUCAGAGUCCUCAUAACAACCCAAUGCAUAGCCCUCUUGGCAUUCCAGCUCAGAGUCCUUUAGCUAAUCCAAUGUUAAGUCCACAUGGAAAUCCUCACCCAUCUCCAAUGUUGAGUCCCCAUACAAAUCCACACAACACUCCAAUGCAAAGUCCUCACGGAAAUACUCAAGUAGUACCUAUGCCAAGUCCAUAUAGUAAUUCCCAUAACACACCUGUGCAAAGUCCAUAUUCUAAUCCUCAGAGUACGCCAAUGCCAAGUCCUCAUGGUAAUCCACACAGUACAUCCAUGCAGAGCCCUCAUAUGAAUUCUCAAAAUACUCCAUUACCAAGCCCUCACAACACUCCAAUGCAAAGUCCACAUUCUAAUCCUCACAAUGUCAUCAUGGGUCAAAACCCUGGUUAUCCAAAUCAAGUGUCUCAGCCAUCUUAUGGAUUAACACCUCCAUACAGCCCAGGCCCUCAUGGUUCAAUGCCACAAGGAACCCCACUUCCUAAUUUCACCAAUGUUUCUGGUAAUUACAAUCCACUGACUCCACGAGCACCUCCUGUCCACCCAACCCCUACCUGGUCAGAGACUAGAUAUGCUCCAUCUUUUAGAGUGACUGGACCUUUCAGUGAAUGGCAAGGGAGUUGAGAGUGUGGUCUCAGAUUUCCUAAAUCUUGUUAUUCUUGAUUCUUGCUGUUACUGUGUUACUUUUCAAAUGCUGUGUAACUUUAGUGUUUGGCUGUGAGCUGGCUAUAGAAGCUCAAAAUAUGGUAGCUGCAGUGUUACUGGUCACAAAGAGUGAAAACUUAUUUUCUGUUCAGAUAUAGCACUAGUCGAUAUUUAUUUAUUUGUGACUGAAGUAAAUGAAAGUUGUUUUUGAAGAGAAACUAUGAGUGUACAGUAUGUAACCUUUUGCCAUAUCACAAGCCAUUACUUGUGUAAUGAUCUCAUGUGAGUGAAAGAUGUCUUGUAGAACUUUUGCUGAAAAUUCUCUUUUUUAUUAAAGAAUCAGUUGUAUAGUUGUAAGGUAGUCUUACCAGAAGUGUUGCUUCUUAGAUGGCUUAUUUAUCAUUUUUUCCUGUAUAUAGUAUGCAGACUGUUUAGUUUUAAUGUAAGAAUUUUCAUAAUUCUGAUGAUUGAAUUUCAACAAAAUACAGUGCAUUUUUUUUUUUUUUUUUUUUUUUUUUUUUUCUCUCUUUUUUGAAAAUUAAGUGUUGAAUCAACCAAACACAGACGAGAAGUCUGUUUUAUCUGGUGAUUUUUAAUACUCAGAAGUGUUCUCUGAAUGGUGUGGGGAAUAAUCAGAUGAUUGCUCAAAUAUUCUCCAUUAAUAUUUGAAUUUAUUUUUUUGGAAAUGAAGCACUUAUAAGCCAAGAUGAUGACUAGUCUAUGCAAGGCAUUUUUAAGAAAUUUAGCCACGUACUUUAUUUUUCUUAGGGUAAUUAUUAACGUAUUUUUGGCCAAAAGGAAGGCCUUGAUGAUGUUAUUGUUUUAAGGACAUAUACAGACAGGAUCAUUAAGUACAUACAAAGUACACCCAUUCAGAUUCUCACCUCUAAUCUCAAAAAAAAAAAAAAAAAAAAUACUACAAAGCAGUUGUGGACACAUCCCCCAGCCCAAAGUACAGUAAUUGCACCAGAAGGGCAAGCCAUAAGUCUCUGUAGAUCACGUUCCGUUGGAGAAGGUUGGCUUACGCCAGUCAUUUGAACAAUUUAUCAUUGUGCCUGUAAUAAGGCUUAACAACUGGAGAUGAUGGGCAACAGGAGCGUGAUGUAUAUGGGUCUUGUCAAGCAACAGUCUAGACUAAGUUGCCAAUGGGCAUAAUUUGAUUGAAGCCCUCCACAUGCAUGCAGCCAAGACACAGACUCCUUCAUCAGUAAGAUUUUUCAUGAAUUGACCAUUUUAUCGUAAUUUAACCCUUCACAUCUGCUUUUCAUAUUUCAUCAUGUAGUACCUUCUUCUUUUUCAUGUAUUUUAUUUUUUUAAGAAAUUUACUUUGUUCUUCUAUAUAAUUCAUAUUUUGAGACUUUCCAGUCAUUCUGAAUAGUAAUUUUCUCAUAACUGUUGCGGAAGUCUUGGAUUGGCUACAUAAGCCUCUGUCGCCUUACUAUCAUCAUCUCUUGUACAAAUAACUUUUCUGCUGUCUCUUCCUUCCUUUACUUUUCUAUCAAUUAUCUUGACAAAUGAGGUGCACUAGUUCAUAAUCACCCUUUAGGAGUAAAAAGCUGUAAUUUUUGGAUAAUAUUAAUCCUGUGCUACAUGCAAAAAAAGAGAGUGAAAAAUAAGCCUGAGAAUCUUUUUGUAUUUUUACAUGCAUUUUGAUACUUUUAUUGAAGGCAAAAGUGAAGUAUUGUUUUGUAGCAGUACCUAUGAGCGGGAUGUAGAGAGGGGUUGGGGUGGACCCACUGGAAUGAGCUCUGUUGAUGACAUGUAUUUUUCAUCCUACUGUGUUUUUUAAAAGUGGCAUUGUGAACUCUAGGCAAGAUAGACUUUUUUUCAUUGGGGUUGUUUUAAUGUCCGAAGAUAAUUUAGACAAGUCCAAACCAUACAAAAGGUUCAAAGUUACUCGCAACUGUGUGGUGAUUGUGGUGUUUGUAGAACUCGACAAGGUCUUACACUUCACCUAAAGUUGCCCAUCUGGUCAUAUAUACAUUGCCACUGUUGCCUUCCUUCCUGGUGCCCUAAUGUAGUAAGUAAACAAACGCUUGAUUGUUGGAUAAGUCGUGAUGCUGGAUUUUAAAGUACAAAUUAAAUACCACCCUCAUUCUUAAGUUAUAGUGGCACUCCUCUUUACACCCCGCAGGCUUAGUUGAGAUAUCUUUAAAUAUUUCUGUCUGUCUCUUUCCUAUAUAAAUAACCACUAUCUGUUUUUCUCCUUAUGGCCUAGUCAUAUGUCUGUCGCAGAACCCCAUUUUUAUAAUUCCUAUUUCAUCCCAUGAUCAUAAGGCAAGAUGUAUUUUUGUGACAUAGAAAUUGAUGUUGUCCAAUCAUGUCUGGCAUAUCUGUCAUGUUCACCAAACAACCACUGGUACAUAAGGCUGUAUAAUAUGUAAGGUUUGAAUUUUAUUUUUUAUUUUUUAUUUAUUUAUUUGUUUUUUUGUUUUUUGUUUCAUGCAUGCUACAGUAUAUGGGCCAUUAUUGUCACUUGAAACUGAUGGUGAAAUUAACUCCUUGUAAUGAGCAGUGUGUAAACAGUCACUAGAAACAAUUUUGUAUUCAUUUAUUAUGAAAGGACUUUUACCUACUGCGGUGUAACCCAGCAGGCACAUAAUGGUAUUAAUGUCAAUUUAGAGUUGACAUGAUACAUCAGUAUUUGAUGAGUGCUGGCAUGACAUAGUGUUUGGGAAGGAAAGUGCACAGUCUUUAUUAUGCAAUGUUUUGUUUCCUGCUCUGUUGUCACAGAAACACACCAGUAUUACAAAUGUUUGUGUUGUUGCAUCUUUUUAUAAAUUUUUUUUUCUAAUUUGGGGUUUCUGUGAUGAGGCAGACUGUCUAAUUUAGAUAUAAACUUCUUGGCUCCCACUCCAGUUACCCUUAUCUGACCAUAAACAACAAAGCUGGAACUCGAAUUCAAGGAUAUGAGAAAGCAAUGAUGACGGCAGUGUUACUGAAUAGAUGAUAAAGUCUCAUGCUUGUACAUACUUUAUCUUUAAGGUAGCCAACAGUUAUUAUGUGAGGGAGUGAACAAUGAUGAAUCUUGUGAAGGGUUACCAUAAUGUAAUUUCCAUACUAGGAACACAUGGGAAAUAUCACUCAUGGUAAUCAUGUGCAAGAUUCAUGAUGUUGAUUGCAUCACCAUUAUGAAUAAUGAUUAUAAUCAAUGUGCCGAUAGAUAUGCUCUUUUUCCCUUUGCUGAUAAUUAUGUUCUGUUUAGAUGCAAUAAUAUAUAAAAUUGUUUGUGAAGUUUGUCAACACUCCACUGUUCGUUUUUACCAUAUUGCGGUAGUCCACAAUAGCGAAGAACUCUGUAAGAAUUCCAAGUUCAGUGCUCUCCUAAGGUCGCCUUUGCUCUGAUAAAGUAAUUCAUACAAUGUUCUUGUAGCACAUGUGACAAUAUUUAAAACCUUGAACCCCCAAAAUGUUGCAUUGAAACUUAUCUUCUUUCUAUUACGAAUAGAAAAAUAAGUUUUACUGCAAUAAGGCAGGUUCAACACAGUAGAAUUUGUCACGCGUUUGUGGACCAGCCCUAUACAAUAGUACCGCACGGCCCCCACACUGUGGCCUGCGGAGCCCCACCAGGUACCCCCCAAAAAAGGACUGUGGCUAAGAGGCUGGUCAUGGAUAGGUACUGGCAAGGUAAUGGUAUGGAGGUUAUGGUACCAGCAGCCAAGAGUGCCUCGCAGCUGUGGGUCUGAGUGUCCCUCCCUAAGUGAGUUCAGUAGUUUCAGAGACUUUCAAUAUGGCAGUUUUUUCUGUAGAUAACUGUAUUGGAAAUCCCUCUUAUCGUCUGAACUAUCUUCUACCACACAAAGAAUGUAUUCUUGUUGACUGUUGCAUGUUAAUGUGCCAACAUUUUGGGUCUCUCAACUGAGCUACCAGAUAAUCAAAGUUGCCAGAUGCCUAUAGAUUUUUACACUAUGUAAACAACCCAGAUUGUUAUUAUUAGCCGAAAAAAUCUAUACUUUAUCGAGAAUCUCGCCGGGACCCAACUACCACUCAGCCUCGCUGUGGUGCACUGAUGGUUGCGAUAGAGUUAGUAUACUAGAGUAGCCCAAAUGUAGAUGGAACAUGUAUCAAUAAUUAUGCUGUCUAUGUUCUCAUCCUCAAUAAAUGAUCAAAACAAGGAA